AUGCCUCCAGCAAAGAAGAGAAAGACGAGAGCGGCCGCGAAAGCAGCCGCCGACGCAGAAAACAUCCAACCCCCGACCGAGACACCAGAGCAAGCACCCAUAAUGAACGACGAAGAGGUCACCGAGGUGGAGAAUACACAGCCGCCGGCGGAGGAGGAGCCAACACCAGCAGAUGAGGUCGUGCCAAAUGAAGGGGAGAGUGCGGCAGACAAGGCCAAAGACAGGAUGGCACGCUUCCGCGCGCUCCAAGCCCGCGCCAAAACGUCAUCUGACCAGAACCUGCAAGAAGCAACCAAGGAGUCACAACGGCUGGCCACGGACCCUUCGGCCCUGACGGCGCUGCACCGGCGGCGCGACAUCGCCAGCCACAAGCUGCUGAAGGCGGAGACGGAAGAGGCGGGCGACGACUUCGAGCGCAAGCGGGCGUGGGACUGGACGGCCGAGGAGAGCGAGCGGUGGGACAAGCGCGUCAAGAAGCGCGGCGCGCACCGCGACAACAACGCCUUCCAGGACUACCGCGCCGAGAGCAACAAGGUGUACAAGCGGCAGCUGCGCGAGCUGGCCCCCGACGUCGAGCGCUACGAGAAGGCGAAGAUGGCGGCCGUCGAGAAGGCGGCCGCGUCGGGCGGGCUCGAGAUCGUCGAGACCGAGGACGGCGAGCUCGUCGCCGUCGACAAGGACGGCAGCUUCUACUCGACAACCGACUCGACUGCAUUCACAGAGAACAAGCCCGACAAGGCGGCCGUGGACCGCCUCGUGGCCGACCUGAAGAAGGCGGAGGAGCAGCGCCUGCGCAAGCGGAGGGAGCGCAUGGCGCAGAACGGCGACGAGGGCGAUAUCACGUACAUCAACGAGAAGAACAAGCAGUUCAACAACAAGUUGUCGAGGUUCUACAACAAGUACACGGCCGAGAUAAGGGAUAGCUUCGAGCGUGGUACUAGGAUAUGA